CGCAAAAAGCGAACGUCCACGGUUCAAGGCGUUCACCACCAUGUAUACCAUGAUCUCCGCCCUGCUAGUUCUCGCCGGAGUCAUCAGCGGGGUGCGUGCGGCAGUACCUCCUCCGGUGCCGGUGCCGGUGCCGGUGCCGGUGGGUCCGCCGAAGGGCCCCACACCUCCCCCGGCUGCUGCUGCCGGGCCGAUUAAGUACCCCGCACUCCUUGCUUUCGGUGACUCGAUUAUAGACACAGGUAACAACAACUACAUCAGGACAAUCGUUAGGGCCAACUUCCCGCCCUACGGCAGGGACUUCCCCGGGCACAAGGCCACCGGCCGGUUCUCGGACGGUAGGAUCAGUGUUGACUUCCUAGCGGCGGCACUUGGUGUGAAGGAGAACCUCCCGCCGUACCUGAGAAAGGACCUCACCCUCGACGAACUCAAGACCGGUGUCAGCUUCGCAUCGGCCGGGAGCGGCUACGACAACGCCACCUGCAGGACCAUGUCGGCGCUGACCAUGGAGCAGCAGCUGAAGAUGUUCCUUGAGUACAAGGCCAAGGUGGGGACUAUCCCGGACAAGGCGCUCUACCUCAUGGUGUGGGGCAGCAACGACGUCAUCGAGCACUUCACCUUCGGGGAUCCCAUGUCGGUGGAGCAGUACAGCGACCUCAUGGCCCAGCGCGCCAUCUCCUUCAUCCAGUCCCUCGUCAGCCUCGGCGCCAAGACGAUCGCGGUGACGGGGGCGCCGCCGGUCGGCUGCGUGCCGUCGCAGCGCAUCCUCGCCGGCGGGAUCCGGCGGCAGUGCUCCCCGGAUCGUAACCAGCUUGCGCUCAUGUUCAACAACAAGGUGAAGCAGAGGAUGGCGGCGCUCGGCCCCAAGCUCCCCGGCGUCAAGCUCAUAUUCAUCGACCUCUACGCCAUCUUUGAGGACGUGAUCCAGCGGCACGAGGCGCUCGGCUUCAAGAAUGCCAAGGACUCGUGCUGCGGUUUCGUUGGGCUGGCGGUAGCCGUGCUCUGCAACUUCGCCAGCCCGGUCUGCGCCGAGCCCGACAAAUACAUCUUCUGGGACAGCUACCACCCCAGCACCAGUGCCUACAAGGUGAUCAUGGACAUGGUCGUCGAAAAGUACUUCAAAUACUAGCGUCUAGCGCUAGCUAACUCAACUACGAGUGGUAGAUGACCAACGGGGAAACCAGGGAAAAUAAAGGAAGAACACAGUAAUUCUAGUUGGGACUGUCUAGCAAUCAGUCGACUGAUUUUGUUUUCAGGUUAGGUCCAAUUUUGUGUGCAAUAAAGAGUAGGCAUUUGUCGUUGGUCUUUGGUAAUGCUAAUGGACAACAGAUUACGCGUUUCUUGCAAAGUUCUAUAAGAGAUGUUGGCAUA